AUAUUGAUCAGCCACAAGCUGUGCAGCGGCGUGUGCUUCACGCUCCAUUCCCCAGAACCCGCACGGUCCUGUAUGACAAUUCUACUUUCCUAGUCAUCAUCAAAGACGAUCGCGCUUUCCAGGUUAUUGCAAAAGCCAAUUUUUAUUUUAUUUCUCAGACGAGAAUGAUUUCAAUUUGAUCGAGAAGGAGAAACACAGUUGACGAGAGUCUCAUUCAAGAGUCGGCAUCAAUCAUCGGUAGGGAGAGAUGAAAGGAUUGACACUGUCACCAUCCAAACACUGGCUUCCCACAACCGAAAAUAGCUCCUCCAAAAAACCCUGCAUAAACCUCAAUGCAAACCCAAUUCAAUUCAACAGCAAAUCGUCAUCAAGGAGAUACCCACUUCCUUCUUUCGUCGUAAACGCCUCCAAAACCCCUUCCCAACCCCCAACCGCAAAACCCAAGAGCACCAAUCCGCCGCCGCUGGUGGUGGUGGGAUCUGCCAACGCCGAUAUCUAUGUGGAGAUUGAGAGGCUCCCGAGAGAGGGCGAGACUGUUUCGGCCAAGUCCGGGCAGACACUCGCCGGCGGCAAGGGUGCCAACCAGGCUGUCUGCGGCGGGAAGCUCUCGUACCCGACAUACUUUGUGGGGCAGGUUGGGGAGGACGCUCAUGGGAAGUUGAUCAGCGAAGCCCUUCAGGGCGGUGGGGUUUGCCUUGACCAUCUCAACACUCUGUCUGCCGCCCCUACUGGGCACGCUGUGGUGAUGCUCCAAUCUGAUGGGCAGAACUCCAUUAUCAUCGUCGGAGGGGCCAACAUGUCUUGUUGGCCUGAAACUCUCUCUGAUAAGGACUUGGAGGUUGUGACGAAUGCUGGCAUUGUUUUACUUCAGAGGGAAAUCCCAGACUCUGUCAACAUUCAAUUUGCAAAGGCUGCUGGUAAUGCCGGUGUUCCUGUGAUUUUGGAUGCUGGGGGAGUGGAUUCACCAAUCCCACUAGAACUGCUGAAGUACAUAGAUAUACUGAGUCCAAAUGAAUCUGAACUUGGUCGGUUAACUGGAAUUGAAACUGAAAAUUUUGAACAAAUUAGUCAAGCGGUGGUGAAAUGCUAUAAAAUGGGUGUUAAGCAAGUACUAGUGAAGCUAGGAGCGAAAGGGUCGGCUCUAUUUGUUGAAGGGGAAGAACCAAUUAAACAAGCCAUCAUAUCAGCUGCAAAAGUCCUUGAUACAACUGGGGCUGGUGAUACUUUUACAGCUGCGUUUGCUGUGGCUCUUGUGGAGGGCAAGUCCAAGAAGGAAUGUUUAAGAUUUGCUGCUGCAGCUGCUUCUCUUUGCGUGCAAGUGAAAGGAGCCAUUCCAAGCAUGCCUGAUAGGAAUUCAGUUUUGAAUCUUCUUCAGUCUGUUCGAGGGUCUUUAUAGUUUUUAGGCUACCACAGAUUCUGUAUGAUCUUUGUAAGCAAAUAAAUGGAAGCAUGAAUAUAAAUUAAAGUAGCUUCACUCCCCCCCCCCCCCCCGCCACCCGUCCCAAUAUUUUGGGUAUUAUUGAAUUUACAAUUUGUUGAUGUACAUCAUGACUACUAAAUUUUGAGAUUUUCUGGAAUAAUCUCAUCAUUGGCAUUCUCUCUCUUUCCCUGUGGAGAAUAUUCUGAAGUUAUAAAGUUCACCAAAAGAGCUUGAGCAA